AGGUAAAUACACAAAAAUGUUUGCUAAAAACAUAAAUAAUUUUAUUUUUAUGAAACAAAUAGAAAAGUAUCAACAAUUCACAUAUUUAUUUUAAUUGUAAUACAUCACACGUAUCAGUUUAUCUAUAUAUAUAUAUAUUUAGUUCACUUUGUAUGUUUUUUUAUUUGAUAAUAGAAGUUUAGUUGACAAAAGGAAAAUCUAAAAAAUUACCACUAUGGAGGGAAUAUGUUUAGUUUAACAAGAGGGUGAUUUUAAACUCGGUAACACUUGGUCAAUCAAUCUUAUCAAGUCAUUGAUUACUCAAAGUCAUUUUUUUCUUUUUUUUAUCAAACUCAAAGUCAUUUUUUAUUUAUGUUAACCAUUACCAAUGGUUGCAAUGAGCGGUUAAUCAAAAUCGUUUAAGGACAAUUAAAAAAUUAAAAUGGAGUCGUCGUCACCGUCGUCGUUAAUACCCGGCUUGACGGACGACGUGGCGGAGCUCUGCCUCUCGCGAAUCCCGCGCUGUGACUUUCGGAUCAUUUCUCAGGUCUGCCGGAGAUGGAGGACGUUCCUCAAAAGCAAGCAUUUCUCAGCCGUUCGAAAGUUGACCGGACCGGUGGAGGAGUUCAUGUGUGUUCUGAUGAAAAGCAAGUCCCCAGAAGACGGCAGCAGGUGGGUAGAAUACUUGUACGGGGAAGUUUACGACGCCUCCGGAAACAAUCUGGGACAGAUCCCCAGCGUCCCUGGGCCUUUGAAGUCCCAAUUCGGCGUCGCGGUGCUCGGCGGCGGAAAGAUCGUGCUCGUCGGUGGAUACGCGGAGGUUGAAGGAUUUCCGAUCGAUGGGACCACCCGUAUCUCUGCUUCUGCCGAUGUUUACGAGUUCGAUCCUGCGUCUAACAGCUGGAGGAAACUGGCGGGUAUGAACGUGCCACGUCGCGAGUUUGCGUUUGCUGUAGUGGGCGGCCUUUUGUAUGUGAUACGAGGCUUUUCCUCGGAUGGUGAAUGCCUUCAAAGCUCGGAAGUGUACGACCCGGAAACUAACCAUUGGAGCCUCAUGGAUGAUUGUCCAGACCGCCCCGACUUUCAUCGUGCAUUCGCAUUCUCCUUCAAGUCCAAACUCUUCGUUGUAGGCAAUGAAUCGAGGUUCAUUGACAUAUAUAACCCCAAAACUGAGACAUGGGAAGAGUUAGACUCGGGGCAAUCACUUUCGGUGUACUCCUACACUGUUGUUAGGAACAAAGUGUAUUUCUUUGACCAUAACAGUGACUAUAACAAGCCGGAACUACGAGUGUUUGAUCCAGAGGAGAAUUCUUGGAGCUCAGUGUCUGUGCCUCGGUCCCCGGGUGCUUACUGGUGUAAAGUAGGGGAAUGGAACAAUAAGGUUAUACUGGUUUCACCGCUCGGGGGACGUACCUUAAUUCGCGACCUUGAUAAAGAGAACGCGUCCAAGUGGAGAGACACACACAUUAAACCAUCUGGUUCUAACCCGACCAUCGUUCUCAUCAACUUCUGAUGUCCCCAUUUGGCUUCAUUUGUGCUUUGGCCCUCAACUUCGUCAAUGGUUUCUACAUUUAUAGUGUCUAUGCCUACUAAACUUGUGUAAACAUGUUUUCACAGAUUGUUUUGCAUGGCUUUGUUUCUGAAGCAGAGGGAGAAAAUUUUAAAAACCCAUUUAUGAUGUUUAUUAAUCAUCUUUUGUAUGUUCCUGAAAAAAAAAUCUGCCGUAUGUUCAAGAAA